UCCUGCGCCUGCACUCGGCACUUGGCGGAGAGACGCGCAGGGCAGGCAGUGGUGUACUGCUGCUGCUGCUGCUGCUGCUGAUACCGCGGGGCUCACUUCAUCACAGUCCUCCUCCAGUCACGCUGAAGCAGUCUGGGAUUCCUUUAGUGCUCGGUCGGGGAUGCGCAUCUGGACCUGAGAGUGUCCCGGGGACAAUUACGCGUCGAGGCGCUCUGCUGUACCUCUCCCUGCCCCCACAGAGGAAAUAAUCACACCGGGUUGAGGACAGUUUGGCUAUUUUUCACAGAAUGGCAGGCGCAGAGUGCCUUCUGAAAACGCCGAGUAACUUCCAGUCGUCUGCCAUGUUUGAGGGCUCAGAGGCGGUCGAGGUGGAGGGAGGCAGCAUGGAGAGCACCAUGGGCUCGUCCAUCAGCGCCUGCAAGAAGGUGCUGUGCAGUAACAGUGUGCUGGACUCGUCGGAGUACUGGCUGAGGAAUGAGAAGGCUCUGUGCAGACUGGGCCUGCUGGACGACGACACCGAGGGCAGCUGCACCAUGAUCUGUUUUGUAAAUCUGGACCCUCAGAAAACGGACUAUCGAGAUGACAAAAGCAUCAAGAAAUUGGCAUCAGUGUCUCCAGACCUGCCAAAGCUCGUCGAAUUGCUGAACGUCCACCAGCCGAAAGAAAAUGAGAUCCUACUGCUCGGUGGCCUAGAAGCCUCAGAUACUUGCCAAACCCACCCACUCUCCCCCUCUCAGGGCGGGCAGCAGCAGCAGAGAAGUACAGGUGUGUGCCUGGUUCAGUGUUCAGGGCAGAGACACUCCACCCAACCUGGCAACAUCAUCUUUGAGAUCAACAAGUUCCUGAUUGGUCUCCAGUGGGGGAAGGAGCGACAGCUUCAGCAGGGCCGAGCAGCCAGGCAGCGGCUUGAUGACGACACCAAUCGCUCCAUCUCGUCCAUAGAGGAAGACUUCCUGACUGCCUCAGAACACCUUGGGGAUGACAGCGAGGACGACGGUUUCAGAAAUGAACCAGAGAGUGGUGACCUGGCAGAGAGCUUGGCGGAGGUUGCACAGAAACACUGUGUCAGACUUGCCUGUCAGAGGGGACAGCUGGCCCAUCAUCAGAGCAGGGAGGAUGGUGAGGUGAAAAGGGAAGGGCAUCGGCGAGCAAGCCUCCAUACUAAGGAAUCAGCUGGUCACUAUGCCACAAAUCUGGCCGAGUCUGUACUGCAAGAUGCCUUCAUACGCCUCUCUCAAGACGAAACCUCUUUUGUCUCUGAGGCUGCUGUCAGUGUGUCCCUCUCUAGUCGUCCUUCCAGCGCUACUGGUCCUUCAAAGACCAAACAGCCUUCCCAACAGCGCACCUGCUCUUUUGAACUCCCCAAGAUUGUCAUUGUUCAAAGCCCAGACAGUUCUGAUGGGGCUGCAGAAUGGCCAGAGACCCAGGUGUCUCAUGUGCCUGACCAGGAUAUCACUGCCAAAGCCAGAGAGAUGCCAGAGAAUGGGACACAGGCUCACGUCCCCCACCACAAUGGUGGAUAUCCGUCCAAACACGUAGAGGUGGCUUUGGCCUGUGCAGCCAGUGUCAUUGGCACCAUUACCAACCCACAGCUGACAGAGCAGCUUGCCAUGGAUUCGGCCUCAGAGGAAGACACGGAGGAGGACCUGCAGGAACCAGAGGAGAGAAGCGACUACUCCUUCUCUUCAGCUAUAUGUGGCAUGGCUCAGGUAGCUGGUGCUGUAGCCGCUGUGGAGCUAACAGAGGAGUCAGGGGAGUGUGCCGAUUCUGACGCCGAUUCUGCUGAAGCCUACACAGCGUCCUGUGGUCUGAUGUCUGCUGCCGAAGCCUCUGCAGCCAUCACGCUGCACUGCAGUGUGGCAGAAGGUACCAGUGUUGAAGCAUUUCGUGCCAACAUUGCAGAGGUGCUACACAGGGAAGCAGCUGAGGUGCUGACUCAGCCGCAAGGCUACAGGAGUGUAGCCCACCUGCUGGAGGCAACGCAUAACAAGAUAGUAGAUGGCAUUACUUGUCCAAAAAAGUCCUACAUGGAUGAAAGAGAGGUGGAUGACCUAAUAAAUGAGGUGGCAGACAGCCUAUUCAAGCAUGCUUUAGAGAAAGCAAAAAAGAAAAAAGAACUGGAGGGUACUGGAAAAGAUACUCCAGGACUUCAAGUGUUUCUGCAGGACAGUGUUAACACUUUGCUGUUUGAUAUCCUUUGUCUGACACAAAAGAAAAUCAGUCACAUCUCUCAGUGUGACCAAGGGUCAUUUGAGACUCAAGAGGGUGAUACUUGUGCUAGGGAGCCUGCUACCACAAAGGAGAGCAAGGAUCCAUUAAGUCAGUUACAGUGCUUAGUCGGCCAUGGUCAGUCCACUAAUAGUGAGAGCCACAGCGGCAUACUACACUGCACUAAUAAGCUUACCAUGGCUCCUGGGCUGAAGGAGAAAUAUGCGCUUGAGGAAAGUGAUCUCAUUGCAUCUUCCUCCACAGCACACAGCAGAGAGCAACAGCAAAGACAAAGUCAGUCUAAAUCCACCUCUUUGCCUGCCAAAGACUACUCUGACCACCAGCAGAUCCAGCAGGGCAGUGGUGCCAUCAGAGAACCCUUGAGUGAAAUCCAAGUUCAUAGCACAGACAGGAGGGGGCGAUUAGUGACGGGCAGUGACAGCAGACAGGCCUCCCUCACACCCCAGUCCUCCCUAAACUCAUGCAGUUCUCUGCUUUCUUGGAGAAUGGAUUCAGAGUCCAGGACACCGAUUACUUGCUAUGCUGAUGAUUUGGCUGCUACAGUGGUAUCUAUGGCCACAGAAUUGGCAGCUAUCUGCCUGGAAAACAACACUGGGAAACAACCCUGGUUCUGUUCCCUAAAAGGGACGUCUGCUGAAGGGCCAGAAGCCUACUUGCUCCCUGCUUGCCGCACAGUCCUCAGGAGGAAAGAGGCUCAGGCCAGCAGUGCUGCCUCUAAGAAACACCGUGCCCCACGCCUCAGUGAGAUUAAGAGGAAAACUGAGGAGCAACCAGAGCUGAUGGAGCGGCUGGUGAACCGGGUGGUGGACGAAUCGGUAAACCUAGAUGAGCCGCAGGACCCAUUUGCCCUUUUUGCCUCUGAAGUCACGGCCAGGAUCAUGAACUGCCCUGAGCUUAAUGUGGUGGAUACCUCCAAAACAGGCCAACCACGAAGCAGGUUGCAGUGUGAGAGGUGGAGCCGUGGGAAAGCAUCUAGUUAUGAGAGCAUUCCAGAAGAAGAUCCAGACCCCUCAGGCACUCCCAACACAUUGGGCCUCGGCAGUCGGUUAGGUCAGAACUUGAGCCGUGGUAGCUCAAUCUCUAAGCAGUCCAGCUGUGAGAGCAUCACAGAUGAGUUCUCACGGUUCAUGGUAAACCAGAUGGAGACCGAGGGCAGGGGCUUUGACCUUCUGCUGGACUACUACGCAGGAAAAAAUGCCAGCAGCAUUCUGACUGCAGCUGUACAACAGGCUGCAUCAAAGAAGAAUGGUCACCUUAAUGUCAGGGCCUCAUCCUGCUUGUCCAAACAGUCUAGUACGGAGAGCAUCACAGAGGAGUUCUACAGGUUUAUGCUUCAGGACAUGGACAAGGAAAACAGAGAGUAUGGCAUCGCCAAGACUAAAGAGUGGAGCAACAGCCUGUUCCCCCCUUCUCCAAGAACACCCUUCUGUAUACGACAGUCCUCUGUCCCAGACCGGCGCUCCUCAGACUCUCGACUGACUGUCAACUCACCCAUUAAAGCCAACUCUUUUGACGGAUUUGCCCGCAAUGUGCAUGGAGACACGCUGAAUAUCUUCCCCACCAACUCAGUGUCAGCCACAGGACUGUGUAAGUCAGACUCCUGUCUCUAUCAAAGAGGCAAGACUGACCAAAUUACUGAUAUGCUGAUUCAUGAGACCUGGUCGAGCUCCAUUGAGUCUUUGAUGAGAAAGAACAAGAUCAUUGCCGAUCCAGAGGACAGUAUUGAGCUGGAGGCUGCAGGAGACUCCCAGCCCCAUGUGCAGCAGUUUGCCAAUCGCCUGGCAGCCGACAUUGUAGAUAUUGGCAAGUCUGCCUUGGGGGGCCAGCAAGAUGUAACUGGGGGUGCAUCUGGGUCGCUCCCACAGCCGCACAUGCCUGUUGGUGAAAGAAGGAGGGGGUUCAAGCAAUCACAUCUAAGCUGUAGUCGGAGUAGGUCGAGCCAGGAGCAAACUGGUAUUGGAGUAGGGUCCGGGACUAGUGACAGCAGUGCACCCUGCAUGAGGGCCCCCAGAGAUGUGCCACUGAUACACAUCGAGGGAGAUCAGAGAGAAGAAGAGACUCAUUUAAGGACAGGAGGAGGACCUCAGGAAACAACCCCAGAAAUGUCAGCUACCAAGCGUACAGAGAGAACUACAGCCAACUGCAGCAGGAACGGAACCAGCAGCGCAUCCAGCGUAGGCCUGGCAGACCUGGAUGCUUUUUCUGACAUGCCCACUCAGAGCACAGUAAUCAGUGAGGAGACAGAAAAAGAGCAUCAAGCAGGAACAAAGGAAAAUGUCUUCGAGAGCAGUUCGGCAAGGACGGCAGGCGGCAGUAGCAACCUCAGGGUGCUGUUGGUGGUCAACUGUGACCUUGAGCCUGAGUGUGUGGACUCAGAGCUGAGAGUGGCCCUGCAGUGGAUCGCUGCCUCUGAGCUGGGGCUUCCUGCGCUCUACUUCAGGAAGUCCAAAGAGAAGAGGAUUGCAAAGUUCCAGAGGGUGGUCCACCUGAUGUCUCAAAAGGCGUGGCGGAUUGCAGACUUGUUCAGCGCUGUGGUCCAGUUCUGUAAGCUUCAUGAGAAAGAGGAAGAGGAGGGCCGCUCUCUGUCCAGCCUGUUCGAUUGGCUGCUGGAGACCCUGUAGG